AUGAAUACCAGAUGGAGUAGAGAUCCAGAUGCUCCUAAAAAAGGGUGGCUGAAUCUUAGCCUGGGCCAAAAUCUAGAAGAUUCUUGUUCACGAUCAUCAAGACCAAUCUCUGUCAAGAUAUGCCACUUCUGCAAUAGGAAGUUCUACAGUCCACAAGCACUGGGGGGUCACCAAAAUGCCCACAAGAGGGAGAGAGAUGCAGCUAGAAGAUACCAUUCACUCACCAAGCCAACCAAAUUCUCAGCUAAUCGAUCACUCGGUGUGCAGGCCCACUCACUUGUACACAAGCCAAGCAGAGACAGAGAGCCGGCAGUAGCUAUGUUUGCAGAGAGCAGUGAUGAGUAUGGAGCCACUUGGGUGCAUAGCAGGGAAGGACUGAGUUUGAUGUGGCCUGGAAGUUUUUAUUUGGAUCCACAACUGGCUUCUCAGCCAUCAGAUUCACUUACACUUGACUUGAAUCUUAAGCUGUAA